GCACAUAAACCAGGUUUUUUUAAGAUCUUACGAUAUUCAGGUGAACCAGAUGCCUAAGCUCCCUGUAUCAGGGGCCCGCAAGCAUCCAGCCACUUCCCUGCCCCCAUAAGGCUCCUCCCCCUCGGGCGAUCUUUGAAAAUAACAUUGUGGAGCCCCUGGACGAUCGCCACAUAUCCACCGGAUCACGGCUCACACAGCAACCGUUCGUUGUAUUUUCAUCACAGCAGCCGGCGACAUCCGGAUCUUAGCCAGAAACUGAGUCGCCGACACAGUCCCGUCCUCUGAAUAUUCACACUUAAGCCACUUGACACGGCGCCGAUCAGGGUUCAAACGGGAAAGCAAUCAGGUCUCGCCGUCUACUACGCCAAACAGCAAGCAACUUCACAGGCUUCAUAUCAUUCCUUUCAGUUCUUAUCACCUACACAAUGGGAGAAUAUCUUGCAACAUCCCAGAUGGAAGAACACGUUGACCUCGUGGUCGUUGGUGGCGGGCCAACUGGCCUCUUAUCAGCUCUCUUGGCCCGCCGUCUUGGUCUCACUGUCAGCAUAGUCGACGCAAAAUCUGGCCCGCUGGACUUGGGAAGGGCAGAUGCCCUCAACGCUCGGACCCAACAAUAUUUCGAGGUUGUCGGCAUCCUGGAUGAGCUUAUCCCCGAUGGCCUGAAGUGCAACACCAGCUCAACGUACGGCCAGGGAGAGUGGAAGUCGCGCCAGAACAAGUGGUGGGUAGGCCUCGAGCACUGCCUGCACAAGAACUUCCUCAUGAUCGGCCAGCCCGUGAUCGAGAGCAUCUUGACGCAGCGGCUGAAGGAGGUCGGCACGAGCGUGCACUACAGCGAGAACGUGAGCGGCAUCGAGGAGUCGGACGACAGCGUCUCAGUGUCAACCGACCUCGGCCGCAAGAUCUACGCAAAGUACGCCGUCGCAGCCGAUGGGGCCCGCUCCACCAUCCGCAGCGCCCUCGGCAUCAGCUUCACCGGCACCAAGCCCGAGAUGCUGUGGGCGGUCCUCGACACCUUUAUCGAGACCGACUUCCCGGUCUCUCCCGAGAUCGUGACGUUCGAGCUGAACGGUGAGGCACGCGUCUCCUGGAUCCCCAGGGAGCGCGGCAUGGCCCGGUUCUAUGUUCUCCUGAAGGGCGGCGAGGUCACCCAGGAGAGGGCGGAAGCCAGCAUCCGGGAGCAUCUCGCGCCGCACAAGGUGGAGUUCAAGAAGACGGAGUGGUUUAGCACAUUUGACGUCAAGGAGAGGAUAGCGGGCACCUUCGUCACAAAAGAGGGCAGGGGCCGCAUCCUUCUGGCGGGAGACGCCGCGCAUGUGCAUUCUGUCAACGGCGGACAGGGGUUGAAUACCGGCGUCGCAGAUGCAUUCGCCCUCAGCUGGCGGGUCGCCACGGCGGUCAAAAAUCAGAGGCUGACACCGGAUGGCGCGCUUAAGCUCAUCCGCAGCUACGACACGGAGAGGAGGACGGUUGCGCAGAACGUCAUUGACGUGGCAGCCGCCCUGGUCAGGGACACCGUCAGGACUGCUACAAAGUAUGUCUCGACGAUUGAGAAGAACGCGGGUUACAUUACGGGGAUGGGAGUCUCCUACGACGAGGUCGGGUCAGAGCUUAUCCAGAACUCCAGCAGCGGGCUCUGGAUAGCCGGCAAGCGGUGCCCUGACAUUGAGCUCACGCCGGUGGCCUCCGAGUCGAAACAGGCCACUCGGCUUUACUCGAUCGUUGAGUACGGAAAGUUUCUUGUUCUGUCAAUCGGCGGAUCCCCUGAAGAGGGAAGUACAUCCAGCUUCGAGGACGUCGCCAGGGUCCUGACUUUGCUCCCCGAAGGCGCCGCUGCGUCACCGUCGACCGGGGAGGCCUUCAGCUCGGGCCUGAUCGGGUCGGGCGAGUCAUUCACUGUCGUCAUCCGUCCCGACAUGUAUAUCGGGUAUGUGGGGACUGGAAGCGGCUGGAGGGACUACUUGGGCACGGUCUUUGCAUAAUUCUGGGAACAGGAUGGAAUAGAAAUUGUAUCAUCAUUAGACUACCAUGUUUUGUAAUUCGCAACUCACGAUUUGUGUAAA